CGGUCCGCCUUUAAGUUACUCCAUCAUCGUUGGAGGUGAAGACACCAAACUACGACAGACUAUAUAGUCUUGACCAUUGACAUUUGCGUGUGAAGUCGGCUCUAUCACAAUGUUUAGAGGUUUGGAGAUUUCCGUGCUGUUUGUCCUUUUAGGUUUGACAGUGAGCGCCAUCGAAAUAGUGGAUAGAGAAGAGUUACAGAAGAGGGUUAUCGAAUCAUGCCCCGACCCUCCCUGUGACGUGUGGCCAGAACAACUAUUACGGCUGCCAAGCAACGAUUAUGCUCUGUUAGAGAUACAUCGCGAGAAAGUGCCGAAUUCAGACGAUAGGAGAAAGAAAGGGCCAGUUGCAGUGAAAAUCAAGUAUGUGGAAACAUUCAAAAACAUCCCAGUUUUUGGACAAAACGUGGUAUUGGAAAAAGUUGAAGUGAAGGACUAUGACAAGAGAAGUAAAAAAGUUAUGGCAACUGGGGGUUUCCGGCAGUUUGUUUAUGGCACCAUCGCUGAAGGCAUCGAACAAGAUCUUGAGUCCUUUAUACCAGAGUUAACCGUUGAAGAAGCACUGAAAAUUGCUAUUAACAAUGAAAAACAACAGAAUACAUCUCUCAUCGUCUUUGAACCCAAGCGUGAUGCAUCACUGCAGAUCUACAUGGAUGAAGGUGGCAAGGUCAGACUUGCCUGGUAUCUUAAUUAUAAUGUCGAAAAUUCAACGGAACCCUCUCGCCCUUUUUACUUCAUCGACGCUUUAGAUGGAACCAUUUUGAAGCACUGGGAAUCCAUUGGUUUCUACUCCAUGACAGGUGUACCUGGUGGAAAUGUCAAGACUGGACAGUGGAAGUACGGAGAACUGCGAUGGGCAGGAAGACCGCUGGACGUGUUUCAGUUCAGUGCAACUUGCUUCUACUUCAAUGCCGAUGCAAGGGUCACCAACUGUGGUAAUAGUUGGGCUUGCAGCUGCGCCUCUGGUCCCGUGGCAACGGCUCUGUGCGCGACGGGCAUCGUGGACGCCAUCAAUGGUGCUUACUCUCCUUUACAUGACUCCUUCUACUUCACCAAAGCUGUGUACGAUAUGUACCGCGACUGGUUCAGUGACUUUACACUGCCAACCAACUACGGUGCCAUGCGUAUCCGAGCCCAUUACGGCGUCAACUACCAGAAUGCUUUCUGGAAUGGCAUGUGUACCACAUAUGGCGACGGGUUUACAACAUUUUAUCCCUUGGCUGUGGCCGAUGUGGUGUCCCACGAGCUUGGCCACGCCUACACGGAAGCAACCUCAGGCCUUAUUUACGCUGGGCAGUCCGGUGGGAUGAACGAAGCCUUCUCAGAUAUAGCAGGCGAGGCGUUUAAGUACUAUCUCCGGGGGCAUAACGACUGGCGUCUCGGGCAUGACAUCAUGAAGAAUGGAGACGCGUUACGAUACAUGAUGCACCCGCCUAUUGCUCCUCCUUCUAUCCAAUGUGCUCGCUAUUACCAAGGUCAGGGUGUCCAUUACUCCAGUGGCAUUUAUAACAAGGCAUUUUACAUCUUAGCUACGACACCCGGCUGGACCACCAAGAUUGCAUUUGGAGUGUUUGCGAGAGCCAACAGACUAUACUGGGUCAGUAACAGCAACUUUAACUCUGGCUCAUGUGGGGUGAUUCAAGCGGCAUGGGACCUUGGCCACAAUACCCAAGAUGUGGCUGAUGCUUUCGCACAGGUCGGGGUAUUUUGCAAAUGCCCUCCUGGUUUCGUUUCAAGGAAUUCUUGGUCUUGUUACAAGUUCGUACGAGAUGUGGCCAGCUGGGCAGAGGCGAAUGAAUACUGUAGAGCCAUCGGAGCGAAACUAGCUGUGAUUGAAGACACCUCUGAAGAGAACUGGGUCGAGAAUUAUGUUACCCAACGCCAAAGCUUCUUCACGGAUACUCAUCGGGUAAAAGAUUACCCGGACUUUUGGAUCGCUGGUAAUGACAUCGCUAGAGAUUACCUCUGGAAGUGGGCUCACAAAGGAAAUCUUGGAGGCACAACGAUCACCACUUUCGAUUGGCUGUGGGGUCAACCUAACAACGUCCACAGAAAUGAGCACUGCCUGGCAUUAAAGCGUGGGAUGCACCCUACCAUUAACACAGUCCGGUAUGGUUGGAACGACGACGAUUGCUCGUUGAAGAAGUUCUAUAUUUGUGAAAAGACCUGCUACUAAAUGUGUACGCGAGUACCUUCCACGGAAUACAUUGGACUACUAAUAUUGCAUCAAGUUGUUGAGCAUGACAGCCUCUCAAUUAUUGUAUACAUUUAGAACAAAAAGGAUAAUAAAAGCUUCUCAACUA